AUGGGAUCAAAACUUGAUAAUACAGAAGAAAAAGAAAUAAAUAUCACCUUCUUCCCAUUCACGUAGGCCAAUUCCCAAUAAAAGUUUUUAUCGAUUCUCUCUGUUUAUCAUCAAUUGAAGAGAGAUGAAACAUGGGAAGCAAAUAGCCCAAAAUAAGAUAAAUGGAAUAGAUAUUGCCAUGGAAAACUUUCUAUGAUCUUCAGUCCAGCAUUAAAUACUCAUAUCAGAUCUUAGAUACUGUUUCCCAUCAUCCAUUUCAACACAACUAAACAAAGAGAAACUGUUCUAUGUAAUGAUUGGAUAGCAUAGAUAAGCAACAAGUAUACAUGA